UGGUUUUUGAAUGUAGUUGGAGCCAUUAGCAUUCUAUUUGAUGGAUCUGUGUCUUGUGGAGUAUGAAAUGGUGAAGUUCCCACCUUCUUUACUGGCAGCAGCUUCAGUCUUCACUGCAGAAUGCACUCUCAAUGGAUCAAAGAAAUGGACAAAAACAACUCAACUCCAUUCACACUAUUCUCUGCAUCAACUUUUGGAAUGCUCGAAGAUGAUGGUUAGUUUACACCAAAAAUCAGGCACAGGGAAACUUGUUUCAGUGUUCAAGAAAUAUGGCACUUCCAAAUAUGGCCAUGUGGCACGAACCCAGUCUCCUGCUCACUUCAUGUUGGAGCCAAGAUUCUGGGAUUGAUUAUGGAAAUUUAGGAGUUUGUUGAUGUUAAAGAAAAACUGAGGUUUUUGAUGUAUUCAGAGCAAUUUAUAGUUGCUCUUAGGUUUUUUUAGGAGUUCCUACAACUAUUUAGACCCGUUUGUUCUAUUUGUGUUUGAUGAUUUCUUAACUAUCUGUGUUUACAAUGUUUCUAAGUAUUGUUUUAAUGCGACAAGUAUAUGUUAUUAUUAA